CGUUUCCAUUCCAUUUUCGUUUGCGCACGCCGACACCGGAGAUUCCGGAGAUUGGCCGGAAUAAUUGCUUCGAAGGGUCUAUGUGUACGUGUGUAUGUCGGCGAGAUCGAAUACCAUCCCGCGUAUCGUCGAAUGGGACUUGUGGGAACUUUGUGAAUUUACAUGCCGAAAUGUAACACGCGCCCAGUUUAUCCAGUGCUUUCGCGUGUGCGAGCGACGCUUUUACCGAACAUCGAUUCUCGUCAGAUAGCAGUGGAAAAAACACUAAGAAGCGAUAAUGGAUCGCGGAUAUCUGAUGUUUUUAGCGUUCUGUCUGCUAUUGUCGGAACACGAAGCGGACGAUAAGCACCGAACAACGCUCUCGCGUAAACGACGUUACGUUGUUUUUCCUGAGGGUUCCACGUUUUCCAUCGCUCUCUGCAUGACCGUGCACACGUUAACCCCGGACAAUAUUUUCACGGAGGGUCUCAACUGGGGUAUCUCCUACGAUCUGCCCAACGAGAGCAAACCCGUUCUCGAACCAUUUCUCGAGCUGAGAAACGACAAACUCAAAUCCGGCAACAAGCAUCGUUACGAUGCGACCGCAAUCGUUAAUAAAAACGGCGCUAUAAAAUAUUCAGGAUGGAAUAAUAACGAUGUCAAUUCUUACUUCGCGCCCAACAGAAAGAAGUAUCGCAAGUCGGAGUAUUACUAUUUGCAAAGAAGACACCGAAGGGAUCUUUACAACAAAUUGGAGGUCAUUAUGAACGCGAUGGGUUUCGACGGCAGAAUGUGUGUUCUACGCGCGCUGUGCGAGGCGUCGCAACGGCUAAUGCCAAAAGGAAACACGUUGGUGGAAGAAAUGAUGAGGAUAUCAUUCUCACUACCCCUAAAGAAAGUGUUUUCCUUCGAGCCGCGGGAACAUCACACGUACACCGAGGCGCAUAAAGCCGGCCAUGAGGGCAAGGACUGCGCAACCAUGUUUCCCGGAUGUAGUUUCUCCCUCAUCGACUUGGCUCUCGGGAAAUACAACGCACCCCCGUCCGAUCCCUCGGAGGAUUCCACCGACUAUGACGGAACUUUGAGCACGGAAGACGAGCCGUCCACGGAUUGGCCGAGAUACUACAUGAAGUAGCGCGAUGCAUGCAAACGGUAACCUGAUUUUGUCGACGGGCGCGCGCUAAUGUGCAGCAUGACGCUUACGGUGCCGAUAAUUCGCUCGUAUAAACGACCGCCGAGGGCGUUGCGCGAGGAGAGCGCACAAAUUUGAAUAGCCGCGCUACUAGGAAUGCGCAUUGUUGAUCAUUAAUAUAUAAAGUUUGCUUCGUCUCUCGUUAAUUAUUCGGUGAUUGUGAUUGUUGUUACAUAAUUAUUGCAUAAAAUAGCAAAGCAACAUGCGUAUAAUAAUGUUGAAGUUAUAAUAUAAAAGUGUAAUUAAUGUCGUCGUUAUUAAUUGAGAAUUGUUGAUCAUAGCAUUAACUUGAGCAUGACAAUCUAGAUUAAACACAAGCCGAUUUGCGAGUGUAUCAUUAAACGAACAGUCGCCUGACUCGUGAAUAAGAGAACUGGAACGCUUCGAAGAAACAGCGUAUGCAAAGCAAGUGCGGUUAAUAUUUCCCAUAAUAAGCUAUUGUAAUUCUCCUCGUUACAACGUCAUCCUCUUGCAUAUUGUAUAAUUUAACUAAUUGGAUAGAAUUGUAUUUCAAAUUGAAUAACAUGCGACAUAAAGCGAAAGAAUAUCUCCGAAAACCGAUAGAGAACGAAGAAUGUCGCCUGUUUUUAGA